CAAUGUUCCAGGCUGUGAGGGCCCUCAUGAUUGUGGGCAUCGUCCUGGGCAUCCUUGGCCUCCUGGUGUGUGUUUUUGCUAUGAAGUGUGUGCGAAUUGGCAGUAUGGAGGACUCAGCCAAAGCUAACAUGACUCUGACCUCUGGCAUCAUGUUUAUUGUGGCAGGCUUGUGUGCCAUCACUGGAGUGUCUGUGUUUGCCAACAUGUUGGUCACAAACUUCUGGAUGUCAACCAACAGCAUGUACCAGGGAAUGCAGAACGUCCAGACUAGGUACACCUUUGGCUCAGCUCUGUUUGUUGGCUGGGUGGCAGGAGGCCUGGCCCUGGUAGGAGGCAUCUUGAUGUGCAUUGCUUGCAGAGGGCUCAUUCCAGAGGAAUCCAGGUACAAAGCUGUGUCCUACAAUGCCUCAGGACGGAAUAUCUCCUACAGGACUGGGCCCUACAAGGGUGGCUCAGGCUAUGAGCAUGAAGCAAAGCCCAGGAAGGCAGCAGGAUAUGAAGAAGCUCCUCGAAGUGAGGAUGGAAGACGCUCUUACCCUUCGAAAUAUGACUAUGUCUAG